UGCUCAAGGGGGCGGGGCCUGGAGUUUUGAGGGGGGGGUCUGGGGACCGUCGUCGGUCGCUGCGUCUCCGGCGGAGGGAGGGCGGCUCUCGGUCUGCCUCGCGGUCCUGGGGGGGCGUUUGCCCCCCACCGACGGUUCCCGCUGCUGCUCACCGAGAACCGGGCGAACAAGGCACGCCCCCACCCCCCCACCCCGAUCAGCCUUAAUCCCCCUCAGGAGGGGUGAUUCUGCUCUGGAGGAAGCCCUGAGGGGGCUCGAUGAGGCAGAAUUCCUGGUGAAUUUUCCGAAGGGUCAAUGGAUUAGCGUGAUAUUUUCCAUGAACUAAAACAGUUCCAUGUCUUGUUUGGAUUGUUCCUGUAUUCUACGGACACGAGUUGAAUCCAUUAGAGUAGAAAAGCAAUCGGAAAGCAUCAGUAGUCAAGACUUGACAGAUGAACUUGCUGUAUGUUGGGGCCAAUCAACUCAAAGAGGAGAUGUACAGAUACCAUUGUCAUCUGAUGUAUCACACUAUGAUCUCCAGGUGGAGAUAGGAAAAGGAUGUAACAACUUAACUUCAAUCUACCUCGCCCGUCAUAUCCCGACAGGAACACUGGUGGCUGUAAGAAUUACAGAUCUGGAAAGAUGUUCUGAAGAACUCUUAAACACUUUACAAAAUGAGGUGAUAUUAUCCCACUUUUUCCGACAUCGGAAUAUCUUGACUUUUUGGACAGUGUUUACUGCUGGAAGAUGGCUUUGGGUUAUUUCUCCUUUCAUGGCUUACCAUUCAGCCAGUUGUCUCUUGAGGACGUACUUCCCUGAAGGCAUGAGUGAAGCUUUGAUAGGAAAUAUCCUCUUUGGUGCAGUUAGUGGAUUGAACUAUAUGCAUCAACAUGGCUAUAUUCACAGAAGUAUUAAAGCUAGCCACAUAUUGAUUUCAGGGGAUGGCCUAGUUUAUUUGUCGGGCUUAAAUCACCUCUAUAGUUUAGUCAGCAGUGGACAACAGUUAAAAGCUGUGUAUGAUUUCCCCCAGUUCAGUACAUCUAUGCUUCCUUGGCUGAGUCCUGAACUACUAAGGCAGGAUAUGCAUGGAUAUAAUGUGAAAUCUGACAUCUAUAGUGUGGGCAUUACAGCUUGUGAACUAGCUAAUGGGCAUGUACCUUUUCAGGAUAUGCCUCGCACACAGAUGCUGCUGCAAAAACUGAAAGGUCCGUCUUACUGUCCUUGGGCUAUAAACACUUUUUCAUGCGGAGAAUCUAGGAUAAAAAUUUCUCAGUCGGGAAUUGAUUCUGGAAUUGGGGAAAGCAUGACACACACGAUGACAAGUGAGAGACUACAGACUCCGCCUAGAACUUUCUCUCCUGCUUUCCAUAAUUUGAUAGAAUUGUGUUUGCAUCAGGACCCAGAACAAAGACCAUCAGCAAGAGGCCUUCUGUCACAUGCUUUUUUCAAGCAGGUGAAAGAAGAAACAAAGGGUUCAUUACUUUCACUCUUGCCUCCUGCCAUCCAACGUAGUCAAUCUCAAAUACCAACGGUGCAUUCAGCUGCCACCUGGAAUAAAUCUGAAUGUAGGUUGCCAAAUGAGAAAAAGAUAUAUUGGGAAUUUUAGGAAUACUAAGACCAUACGGGUGGUCCUCAAUUUACAACCUUUCAUUCAAAGUUGACCAUUCAA